UCUUAACUCUGACACAUUAACAAGAGGCAGAAGAAGAAGAACGAUAGCAAGUUUUUUACAUCUUAGCCGCAGUGAACUUCAUAUAUAAAUAAGUUGAAUUCGCUGUAGUAAGACAUAUUAACGCCGCCAUCAUCAGCAAGAUGCCCCUCAAAUUGGACAUCAAGCGUCGCCUGACCUCGCGCUCCGAUCGCGUCAAGUGUGUUGAUCUACAUCCGGCCGAACCAUGGAUGUUGUGUGCCCUAUACAAUGGCCACGUACACAUCAUGAACUAUGAGAACCAGCAGUUGGUUAAAGAUUUCGAGGUAUGCGAUGUGCCAGUGCGCUCGGCCCGCUUCGUGGCACGCAAGAAUUGGAUCAUCACCGGAUCCGAUGAUAUGCAAAUACGCAUUUUUAAUUACAACACCCUGGAGAAGGUGCAUUCUUAUGAGGCGCACUCUGAUUACUUACGUUGCAUUGCCGUGCAUCCCACACAGCCGCUGGUGCUUACUAGCAGUGAUGAUAUGCUCAUCAAGCUGUGGAACUGGGAGAAACUCUGGGCUUGCCAGCGUGUCUUCGAGGGGCACACACACUAUGUCAUGCAGAUCGUAUUUAAUCCAAAGGACAACAACACCUUUGCAUCGGCAUCCUUGGAUCGCACCGUUAAGGUCUGGCAAUUGGGAUCCAAUUUCGCCAACUUUACUCUUGAGGGGCACGAGAAAGGUGUAAAUUGUGUAGAUUAUUAUCAUGGCGGUGAUAAGCCGUAUUUGAUUUCGGGUGCAGAUGAUCGCCUAGUUAAGAUCUGGGAUUAUCAGAACAAGACGUGUGUGCAAACCUUGGAAGGACACGCUCAGAAUAUCUCUGCUGUUUGUUUCCAUCCCGAAUUGCCCAUUGUGCUGACGGGUUCUGAGGAUGGCACCGUUCGAAUUUGGCACUCGGGCACCUAUCGUCUGGAGACGUGUCUUAACUAUGGCUUCGAACGCGUUUGGACAAUUUCCAGCAUGCGAGGCACCAAUAAUGUUGCCCUUGGCUAUGAUGAGGGUUCUAUCAUCAUUAAAGUGGGUCGCGAAGAACCGGCCAUGUCUAUGGAUGUGGUGGGUGGCAAGAUUGUGUGGGCCAAACAUUCCGAAAUGCAGCAGGUUAAUCUGAAAACCAUUGCAGAUAGCACCGAGAUUAAGGAUGGCGAACGUUUGCCCGUUGCCGUCAAGGAUAUGGGUGCCUGUGAGAUUUAUCCCCAGACCAUUUCCCACAAUCCUAAUGGACAUUUCGUCGUGGUCUGCGGCGAUGGCGAAUACAUCAUCUAUACUUCCAUGGCGUUGCGUAAUAAAGGCUUCGGCUCGGCUCAGGAAUUCGUUUGGGCUCUGGAGAGCAAUGAGUAUGCAAUUCGUGAAAAUAAUGGCACUGUUCGCCUGUUCCGUAACUUCAAGGAACGCAAGAGCUUUACGCCCGAAUAUGGAGCCGAGAACAUUUAUGGAGGCUACUACUUUGGUGUGAAGACAUCUUCGGGAUUAGCAUUCUAUGAUUGGGAAACUUUGCAGCUGGUGCGACGCAUCGAAGUCCAGCCGCGCAAUGUGUUCUGGAAUGAAAGUGGCAGCCUCGUUUGCUUGGCCACCGACGAUUCGUAUUUUAUUUUGGGCGUGGAUACAGCACAAAUUUCCAAUGCGCUGGAGAGCAAGGAGGGACUCGAAGACGAUGGCGUGGAAAGUGCUUUUAAUGUGCUUGGUGAAGUUUCAGAAUCAGUAAAAACUGGUCUGUGGGUAGGCGAUUGCUUCAUCUAUACCAAUUCGGUGAACCGCAUCAACUACUAUGUUGGUGGCGAGAUUGUGACCAUUUCGCAUUUGGACCGCACCAUGUAUUUGCUGGGCUAUGUACCCAAGGAUAAUCGCCUGUAUCUGGGCGACAAGGAGCUGAACGUGAUCAGCUUCAGUCUGCAGCUAUCAGUACUUGAAUAUCAGACAGCCGUAAUGCGUCGCGACUUUGAGCGUGCUGAUCUGGUAUUGCCAACUAUACCAAAAGAGCAUCGGACACGCGUUGCUCACUUCCUGGAGAAGCAGGGCUUUAAGGCGCAGGCGCUGCAGGUGUCCACGGAUGCGGAUCACAAAUUUGACUUGGCCCUGCAAAUUGGCGAGUUGGAUAUUGCAUUGAAGUUGGCACGCGAGGCGGAGAACGCACAGAAAUGGUCACAGCUAGCCGAUGUGGCGUCCCGCAAGAAUAACAUGUCCUUGGUCAAGGAGUGCAUGCAGAAGGCAAACGAUUUCAGUGGCUUGUUGCUUCUUUCGACGGCAUCGGGAGAUGCCGAGAUGUUGCAAGAGUUGGGCGCCACCAGUUCUACCCAGGGUCGGCAUAAUAUUGCAUUCCUGUCCGCAUUCCUGCGUUCGGAUGUUGAGCGCUGUCUGGAGAUUCUCAUCGAGACCAAUCGUCUGCCCGAAGCGGCCUUCUUUGCCCGCACCUACAUGCCCAGCCAGAUGUCGCGUGUGGUAGAAUUGUGGCGCGAGGAGCUGAGCAAAGUCAAUGAGAAGGCCGGUCAAUCGCUGGCGGAUCCCACGCAAUAUACAAAUCUCUUUCCGGGUCUGGGUGAUGCUCUGCGCGUUGAGCAGCAUCUGCAAGAAGAGCGGACACGCAAGGCUCCCGCACGUAUUGCCGGCCAGUUGCCAUUAAAUAGCGAUCGCAAUCCUCUGGAGGAGCUACAAGCGGCCGAGGCACAGAGGGGAGUCGGUCAGCUGGAGGAUAAGGAGAAGCCUGCGUUUGUGCCACAAGUCACAAGCAGCAAUAAGCCAGCAGCUGCUGCUGCAGCAUCAGCAGCUAGUGAGGAGGAAGAUGAUGAUGAUUUGGAUCUGGAGAUUGAUGGCAUAACGCUGGAUGACAACAUUGAUACGACAGAUGUGAAUCUGGAUGAGGACUUUCUCAGCGAUGAUUAAAUGCGGAAGCAAGGCAAACUCUGUAUUCAAUAAUAUUUGCAUAGAAAUAACGUAAAUCUUGUUGUUGUUUCGGGAAAAA